AGCAAUGCCCGUUUUGUCAUGAAAAAAAAAAUCGAGUACAUCCGCGCUCGAUUACAGUGCACUGGUCGAGCGGGAAGAAGGCGAAACUGUUUCGCAAGGCUGCCGAUAAACUUUAAAUACAGGAAUCAUGGACUGGGGCCAAAAUGAGCUGUUGUCUCCAGUCCCCCUGGACACGGAGAUGACGCUUACCGCCCGGAGGUUGCGCCAGAGGAAAGUGGCUUUUCCCCUCCCUCAGGAUGAUACCCCCGGUGCCAGCGCAACCCCUGCCAGAUCUCUGCUGCAGCACACCCCAGGAUCGCUUUUCAAACAGACAUUCACUCCCCGGAGCGGCCUGAGGAACCCCGAUGUGUCGGCCAUCUUGGAGACCGGCGGCAGAUCGCCCCGCUACAUCCACACGCCCCGUCCCUACGGAAACCUCAGCCUGGAUGACAGUGACUGGACCAACAGUCUCUACCCCUCCCCCAUGUUUGGCUUGGCGGAUAGCAGCACCGCUGAUGACCUGAACAUGACUUCUGUGAUGCUCAAGGAGGAUGAGCCAGGAGAAGCAGCUGCUGUCAGCCUGUUCCCAGAGUUCCUGCAGUCCUACCUCAGACACUCCUCCAGUGCAGUGUUUGACCUGCUUGAGGAGUAUGAGUCCAUCUGCCAGGAUAAGGUGGGUAUACUGCAGAGGCUGGUUCAGAGGGCUGCUCCAGGGCCGCAGAAGUUCUCCAAGACCAGCAGUGUGUGCUGGCUGCUGCAGCAGGAGAUGGUGACCUGGCGGCUCGUGACCUCCCUCUACAGGGACAGGAUCCAGACUGCUCUGGAGGAUGAAAUGAUGGUGGAGAGAGCAACUCUCAGCGAGAGUGAGAAGGUGGCGGUGGAGCAGUUCUUCCAGAGGGACGCAGUGGUGCGACAGAGCCAGCUUGUGGUCGACUGGCUGGAGAGCAUUGCCAAAGAUGAUAUCGGGGAUUUUUCAGACAAUAUCGAGUUCCACUCCAAAUCCGUAUGUUGGGAGAACACGCUGCACGCCCUCAAGCAAAGACGAGUCAACUCCAGUACGGGCUUCAGCCGACCCCUGGUCACGGAACUGGACCCCGACGCGCCCGUCAGGCAGAAGCGGCCGCUGGCAGAUCUGGAUCGAGAGGACGACGCCCGUCUGCUGAAGUACCUGUUUGCGCUGGUGCGGGCGGGCAUGAUGGAUGAGGCUCAGCGUCUCUGUAAGCGCAGUGGGCAGGCCUGGAGGGCUGCUACUCUGGAGGGCUGGAAGCCCUACCAUGACCCCAACAACAACAGAGGUUUGAAGCUGGAGCCGGUGGAGGGGAACCCUCUGCGGGGGAUAUGGAAGGUGUGCUGCUGGAGGCUCUCAGAGGAUGAGCAGUUCAACAGAUACGAGCGCGCCAUUUACGCGGCUCUGAGCGGGAACCUGAAGCAGCUGCUCCCGGUGUGUGAGACGUGGGAGGACUCGGUGUGGGCGUACUUCCGGGUGAUGGUGGACACGCUGGUGGAGCAGGAGCUGCGCUCCGCCGGCCUGGGGAGCGAGGAGCUGGAGGAGCUGCCGCGGGAGUACCUGGAGGCCAGCUGGACUCUGGAGAAGGUGUUCGAUGAGUUGCUGGCUACAGAGUCGAAGACGGUGCUGGAGGAGACGAAAGAGUACUAUCACGUCAUCCAGAAGUUUGUCAUCCAGGGAGACCUAGACGGUCUCAUCGGGGAGUUCAGCGAUUGGCUGGGGGGAGCGACGCUGCCUGCUCAUUUGCUGCGCUUCAUGACGCACCUGCUGCUGUUCUACCGCAGCCUGGGCAUGCAGCUGAAGGAGGAGGUGUUGGUGGACGUCCUGAAGGCUUACAUACAGCUGCUGAUUGGUAAAGGCCACACCGACCUCAUCGCCUUCUACGUCAGCCACCUGCCGGCCGACAUGGCGGUGGCCGAGUACGCACACUUCCUGGAGUCGGUGUCGGAGACGGAGCUCCGCAAACGCUGCCUGGAGCUGGCCCGCGAGGCGGGGCUGGAGGUGGCUGCUGUCACCAAGACAGUGGUGGAGAACAUCCGCGAGAGGGACUCUGAGGACUUCGCUCACCACGACGCCUUGUUAGACAUCGCAACCACUGAGGGAGACCAGAGGAAGAUUGACGUGAUCGAGUGGCUGGUGUUCGACCCCUCGCAGCGCGCGGAGGCCCUGAAGCAGAGCAACGCCAUCAUGAGGAAGUUCCUGGUGUCCAAGAAGCACGACGCCGCCAAGUCCGCCUUCGGCAAGGUCCCCGAGGACUCCAUGCGUGAGAUCUACCGGCAGUGGGAGGACGCGCCCCUGCCCGCCGAGGACGAGAACGCCAUUCGCGAGCACCUCUGCAUCCGCGCCUACCUGGAGGCACACGAGGCCUUCGUUGAUUGGUUCGCGCACAUGAACUCCACCCCCCAGAAGCCCACUGUCCUCGCCCGGGUGGCCAAGUUCACGGAGCAGGUGGCCCACAGGAUGAAGGAGGAGGAGUACAAGGUGGACUACGACGGCUGGAAGGGGCGUCUGGAGGCCCUGACGGACGACGUGAAGGAGCGCAUGUACAACGUCCUGCUGUUCGUGGACGGGGGCUGGAUGGUGGACGUGCGGGAGGAUGCGGAGGACGACCCCGAGCGCUCCCACCAGAUGGCGCUGUUGCGACGGCUGUGCCUGCCCAUGAUGACCUUCCUGCUGCAGUCGGUGCUGCACAACACCAAGCAGCACCAGGAGACCCUGCGCCUCGCUGACAUCAUCUCCUCUGAGCAGCACCGCCUCUACCAGGUUUUCUCCAAGGAGGACCUGGGUAAAUUUACUCAGAAGCUGCGGGAAUCUUCUCUUCUGCUGCUGGACCAAGGCCUGGACCCCUUGGGUUACGAGAUUCACCCCUAGACUGCCCCCCCCCCCCCCCCCCCCAUCACACACACCC